AUGGAACCAAUACACCUCAUCCUCCGCUGUCUCCAACUCCUCUUCCUCAUAAUCCUUACCGCCCUAAUCGGCAACGUCAUCGCCCUCGACGUCGCCGCCUCCUCCACCGCGCGCUCCGCCAUCAACUUCUCCAUGUUCGUCAUCGUGCUCUCCUGGCUCGCCGCUUUAUUCGGUCUAGCGGCAGCCUUAUUCCAACGCAUCGCCAUCCCGCUGGUGAUGCUCGCUCUCGACGCCGCCGCCACUUUAUUUACUGUUAUAGCGGGUAUCGUGCUUGCUGCCAAGCUAGGCGCUGUCAACUGCGGAGAUACCGAUGGUCAUGGACGUAACUGGAUCGCGUACGGGAGCGCGGAUGACGCGAAGCGGUGCAGGGAGAUUCAGGCGGGGACGGCGUUUAUGUGGUUCCUUUUUGCGGCGUUCGCGGCGGCGUUGACGAUGGCUGUUAUGAGCUGGCGCAGGACGGGCGGGAGCGUGAGGAGCGGGCCGAUGAUGUCUCAGGUGGGCGUCUAA